AUAUUUGGUUGCUUCGAAAUCAAUAAAACAAGGAGAAAUUAUUCUUGAAGAUGAACCGAUUGUUGUUGGUCCCUGUCAAGAAUCAAAACCUCUUUGUAUCGGUUGUUACACCGAUAUAGAUUUAAACGACUCAAAUAAAUAUUUUAGGUGUGUCAACUGUACCUGGCCACUUUGUAGCAAUCAAUGUAAAGGUUUUUUUAAUAAAUUUGGUCAUAGCAAAGAAGAAUGCGAAACGUUUUCAAAAUCUUUCGUUAAAAAUAAAGAAAUAAAAACAUUUGUAAAUUUUUACUACGCUUUAACACCAUUCAGAUGUUUAUUAUUGAAAAAAAUAAAUCCGGAAAAAUGGAAAAUUAUAAAAAAUAUGGAAUCGCACACGAAUGAGAGAAAAAAAGAUGGAAAACUAUGGGAAACAAAUGAAAAAAUGGCCGUUGAUAUUAUUAAAAAUGUCUGGGGAUUAUCUGAUGAUGAUGAUGAUAAUGAUAUUCAUUUUGUCUGUGGAAUACUCGAGGUAAAUAGUUUUGAAGUAAAUUUUCAAAAUGUUCAAAGUUUACGAGCUUUAUACUCGAAUGCUUUUUUAUUUUCUCAUAAUUGUAUACCAAAUACGAGUCAUUCCAACAAUAACGAAUUCAAAUUAAUUUUUCGCACUACGACAUUCAUACAAAAAAAUUCGGCCGUGACGAUCAGUUAUGCCUACACGUUACAGCCGACACUAUUACGGAGAAAACAUUUGGAAAAGACUAAAUUUUUUCAAUGUAAUUGUCAAAGAUGUUCUGAUCCUACUGAACUUAAUACAUUUAUAGGUGGUGUAAAAUGUCAAAUAUGUAAAAAUGGAUUUUACCUUCCAGAAAAUUCAUUAGACAAUAAAUCUAUGUGGUUUUGUAAUUCUAUAAAAGGUUGCAAAGCUCAAAUUCAAGCCUCAAAUAUUGAAUGUACCAUUGAAAGAUUUUUUAACGAGUUGGAUGGUAUUAACGGAAAUGAUGUUGAAAGUUAUGAAUAUUUUAUAAUUAAAUGUCAAGAAAUAUUUCAUAAAAAUCAUUAUCUAUGCUUAUCUGCAAUGCAUUGUUUGAGUCAGUUAUAUGGAAAAAUUAAUGGCUACCUAAUUAAUGAUUUAACAGAAGAACAAUUAUUAAGAAAAAUUGACAUAUGUAAAACUUUACUAUCAAUAUUUGAUAAAUUAGAUCCAGGACAUUCAAAACAGAGAGGUAUUCUUUUGUAUGAACUUCAAGCUCCAUUGAUGGUUUUAAUUAAUAGAAAAUAUCAAAACCAACAAAUUUCACAAAAAGAAUUAAAAAAUCAAAUAAAACAAGUUAUUAAAUAUUUAGAAGAAGCUUUUCUCAUACUUUCAAAGGAACCUGAAAAUUCAGUUGAAGGAAACAUGGCUCAAGCUUCUAAAGAAGCUUUAAAGGCUCUAAGGCUUUAA